AUGGGCAACGCAUACACGAUUGAACUGCCUCGUAGGAUGCGUACGCAUCCUACGUUUUACGUUGGACGUCUCCACCCGUACUUUCAGUACGAGCCCGUUUCGAGAUGCGAAGAACACCUCCGCGGUCAAGAGCCAAGACCACCUUCGAGUGGUCCCGUUUCAACAAGCCAGUCUGGUCGACUAGCGAAGCGACCUUCUUACGCAGUUGAGCAAUGUCUCGACGAGCUGCGGCCAGCUCGUCGCGAAGAGAACGAGUUGAACGUUCGCUCUCAAGUUGUGCGGACGCAAACGCGGCACGAUCGUCCGAACGAUCGUGCGCGAAUGACUUGUAAUUCUACUUUACAAGGUCAUGGAGCUCAUAACGCCGAGUCCGUUCAUGAACCAGAUCAUCUUGUAACUGUUCCGUUACACGGUUCAGCUCCUGAACAUCAAGCUGAUCCGACCAUCGAGCCGGAUCAGGUGUUCCCGCCACCACCACAUCCUUCGGUAGACUCUGGAGGUGGUCAGCGCUUUCUGGUGGAGCUUACUAUGCACCACCGCGACGUCAAUGGCGUCCGGACGAGUUACCUCGUCCGCUGGUGUGGCUAUUCACCUGCAUGGGACAGCUGGGAGACUCGUGCUCAGCUGAUUGUUGAUCUCCUGGGUCUCAUCGAGCAUUAUGACGAGACCCACCCGCUGCGUUCGAAGAAGGUCCGUCGGAAAACGACCUCCCCGAACGUGAGUACAGGGAUGCAAAGUGUCAAUCCCUUCGGCCAUCUCAGAAGAGAUGCGCGCCCUCCUUAG